CGAUCCACCCGCCUCAGCCUCUCAAAGUGCAGGGAUUACAGGUGUAAGCCACCACGCCCAGCCUUAAGUAUGAUUUUGAAACAUUAUCAUUAUCCAAGUUCUAAACCUGGGAAUUAUUACCCACGUUACACUGAUAUAUUCUCCUUGUAUUUAAUUAAAAUAUUAAUGAAAAAUAAGUGAAAAUGUUUCCCUUCUUUUCACAGGUGUUGAAGGUAAAGUUUUAAUAGUAUGGUCAACAUUAAUACAGAUCUGCAGUUCAAAGCCCAAAUAAAAUUAGGAACAUAAGAAAUAUUACUAUUAACAAUAAUAUAAGCUGUAACCGAAGCUUAUAUUACCAUGUAACCUAAUAUUACUGUAUAACCAAUAUUAUUAUUAGAAUCCAAACUGUUAUUCUUCUCUAAUUGUCCAAAUGGACCUAAACAUAUCUAACCUUUGUGCUUUUACUACCCUCCUCUAUCCUACUUAUUCCUCAAGUGUUUGUUGCAGUCCUGUCCUCCAGUAGGCAUUGCCAGUUAUAUGUGCAGUCUGAGUCUUAACUCAUCUGAGUUUGCCAGUGUAUACUGCUGUUAAAAGCAUGUGUCACAUUGUUUAACAAUUAACUAUUGACUUGUUCAGUUCAUGCAACAAACUCUGAACUUACUGAAAGAAGGAAACAUAUUUAUCUCUGUAUCCAGAGAGCCUGGGACACACAUGGCAUUCAGCAGAAGUUCCAUGACAUUGGUGAAUGUGAAACUGUAGUUACUGAGAAAUAUUUACAGAACAAAAUUGAAAAGUUAAAGACUAUUUGCAAGACUGAGAAAGUACUGAAAGCAGGAAGAAGUGUUAUACAACACAAAACUGGAAACUGAAAAAAACAAAUUUAACUGAUCAAAUUAACUCCAAGUUGUAGAAAUUAUGUGUCAGAACAGGCAAUUUCCACUUUACCUCCAAGACAUUAGAAAAACUAAAAGAAAAGAUUUAUCUUUGUCAGCUGUAAAAUUACUUAAAAUUACAGGAAUUUUAAAUAAUAAUUGAGGGCAAAUAAAGUAUUUAAACAUUAGAAGUCUUCCUAGUGCUAUAAACAAAAGAUAGUCAUGCAGAAAUAAUUUAUAAAAAUAUUUCAGGUUCAUUUCACACAGAGACCAAUUAUACCCUUUUUAAAGGUCUCCUGUAAUGUUUUAGCUACAAGCAGUAUGUUCACUCUUAUAAAUGAAUCCUUAGCUUUUAGAGCAUGUACUACUUUUUGCAGUUCUGACCUUUAGAGAAGUUGGAAUGAGAUAUACAGUGUGAAAAUGAAUUAGUGUUCUUUUAAGGCUUGAUAAUGGGAACUGCAUGCUUUCUCAAGAAGUACAUAUGCUACCAUCAUCUCAAAAGCUUAAGGAUCCUUUUGUGUGUAUAAACUUUGCUUUGUGUGUAUAAACUUUGGUAAUCAGAAUAUCCUUUUGUGUGUAUAAAUUUUGCUUUGCUGAAUUAAAGAUGCUGUGUUAAAAAGUUGAGACCCGGGGGAAAAUACCAAACAAAACCAGAAUGAACACUGAUUUAUAUUAAAAUAAUUCAAUUACAUAUUUUAGAACAUAAAAGUUUCUCAGACUUAUAUAUGUAUGUUUCAACCUGCAAUAACAAACACUUUUAAAAACACUCUAUAAUAUAUGAAGUUCAAGCAUACCACAGGUCAUCUGUAAUUUAGAAAUUAUUCAGAUUUUAAAAGUCAGUUUAGACAGUCAGAAAACAUAAAAAUUUACUAUAUUAAGAGAAAAUAUUUCAAAAAAGAUCUACAGGGCAUGACUUUGAUGCAGUGUAACAAGUAAAUGAAACAAAAUUCAGAAGGCCAAGCAGUUAAAAUAGGGGAUUACAAGAAUAGCAGAUGAUGAUAUAUGUCCAUAAAUUAGUCUAAGAUUCAGCCAACUUAUAUGUCUAAUGCAUAACCUAUAAAGCAUGAAAUAAAGGUCUACCAACAAGCAAAAAUACCAACUCACUCACUAUUUGAAGUACUCAUUUAUCACAUAAAAGUACUUAAUGUAUAAUUCUACUUCUAAAUUACAGUUUCCAUCUAUUCAUCUAUAGCAAAAUGCCAAUCCCUACUAAUCUUAAGAAAUGUCAAAAUAUCCAAUUUAUAUUUAAAUUUCCUCUAUCAAUUGAUAUUUUAUAAACAAGUAGCAGAAUUCUCCCAAGUCCAAGCUACAAAUCUCAGAACUCACUGAAGGAUUUGUGAGUUAACUUGUUUUGUUGUUAUUGUUUGGGGUUUUUUUAAAUCUUAUUUUGUUAUCAGCAUAAAUCUUAUGCUUUUCCAAACAUGAAAGAUACAUGAAUGAUAUAGUAAACCAAAUUCUAAAGAUAUAUUUCACUUAAUCUUCAGCCUCCAAAAAUAUGCAUCCUUAUAUCUACAUAUAGAGUUUAUAUCUUUUAGUCAAAACACAGAUUUUUGUAUUUAAAUAUUUUUACAAAAAAAUCAAAAUAUCUGAACAGUUUAAAGAACAGUCUUCCAGAAAUAUUAAAUUAUACAACAAAUAUUGAAAAUGAGUAUUUUUAAGGCAAAUAUGACUAUAAUUUAUCCACCUGUAUAAUAAAGAAUUUCAGCUUUAUUCACUCAUCCUCCAUAAUUCAUACAGGUAAGUCAAAGUAAUAACUAUACCAACCACUAUUCGGAAACCAUCUUUGGAAAUAUUCCACAUACAAUUCCAGUUUAUGUCUUUCUGAUGUGGAGAGAGAAAAGUCAUUCUUCCCUGACCCAAGUCACAGAAAAAAACAGUAUCAUUUUAAAAGCCUAAUUCCAGCCAGUAUGACAUAGGAAUUUGUAAUUUUCAUGUUUCUAUUUAAACAUGAAAUGUUUCAAAUUUCCAACUGGCUUGUAGUUCACAAGUUGAUGCAUGACCUUUACUUGCUACAACUACCAGAAAAACAGCUCUGAUGAUGUUUUUCUGAUCUUUCUGAUGAACUUUCUGAAUACGGUAGUUUAAAAACUAAAAAAAAGAUCUAGCUGCAAACUACUAAUGUAUAUUUUAAUAUCACUCUUUAAUCCAUAAUAAUUUAUGAGAAAAUUUUUAAACUUAAAAAUUAUAUUAAUAGUGAGUAAUCAGAAAUGUCAACUUUUAAUGUAGCUGUUUCUUCAAAAACUGAAGGGGGAAUGUGGGGAUGGUUAACGGAUAUAAAAGACACAAAGAAUACGAUCUAGUAUUUGAUAGCACAACAGGGUGACCAUGCUCAAUAUAUUUAAUUGUACAUUUUAAAAUAACUAAGAGUAUAAUUGGAUAUUUGCAUCACAAAGGGUAGAUGCUUGAGAUGAUGGGAUACCUCAUUUACUCUAAUGUGAUUAUGCAUUGUAUGCCUGUAUCAAAAUAUCUCAUAUAACCCAUAAACACCUACUAUGUACCCAUAAAAAUUAAAAACUAAAAAUAAAACUGAACAAGCACCUUGGGAAAAUGCCAUACCCUUAAAGACAUGUCCAUAAUUUGAAACUGGGAUUUCAAUAUUGUUUUAAAUGUUGGCUUUAUAUUAAAUUUCAGCCAUUUGAAAGUUACAAAUCUUAGACAAAGCUUUUAUUUAGUUUUGUCUUUAUUUCUGUCUAUUUUUCAAAUGGGUAUUUAUAAUUACAUAAAAAGUUUACAGUAUACUUUAUGUCCAAAUAGAUAAAAGGUUUAUCAUACUCAAUUUAAGUUUCAUAUGAGAAUGGUCAUUUGCAUGCUUUAUUCCUAAAAUUCUUUUCACUGUCACAUAGCAAAACAUCAACACUUGAUAAAUUCAAAUUAUAAAUAUAACCUUACUGAAUGUUACAAAUUGGAUGACAUAGCUAAGUCUCUUCAAGUACACAGUAACAGUUCUACAGCCCAUGGCAUGGAGGAUGAGAGUAAAGAUUAGUAAGUACACUAAUAAACUGAGGUCUUUAAAAUUAAAACUAGUUUUCAGUUUUUGCUGCAUUUAGUUACAAAAAACACUUGGUUACACAAGUGUACCUUAGGAUUCUGAAAAACAUAACAAAAAGCUUUUGAUAUAGUAGUCCCUCUUGACAAGAAACUAGACGCACUCGGUAUCGACGAAAAGUAUACGAAAUGACACAGGUGUAAGCCUAGACACUGCUGGUAGUUAUCACGCUGGAGGCAAAUACUAUACAGUCCACAUUUGCAACCUAAUUUUGCUUCAGCAUCCCCAGAGACUUCGAAAAUAUUUCUUUGGGUAGGUUGCAAAACAGUGCUUCCUCUUUUAUUCUCAUCACCCCCAUUAGGAUACAAAGCAACAGACAAGAAAAUCAAACAGCCAACUAUAAGGGCUUAAACACACACACAAAGCAUCUUCUUUCUAGCUCCCGAAUCGGUAUUUAUCCCACCUGUUUGUAAAUCCAUAAUUCCACAAUAACACAAACUGCCUGCUGAAAGAAAGGAGGGAAGAAGAGAAAAACAAAGAAAGAGGAAAACGAAAGAAAAGAAAUAAAGAGAAAGAAAGGCAAAUUAAUGCUUUGGAGUCACUACUCUUCCACCUAGGCAUGGGGGGAGGGGGAUGGUACAAAAACAAUGGAUAUUGAGGGGCUGGGGGAAAAAAUCGUCCUGCCCCGAAGCCUCUUGUGUUAUAAGCCUGGGGCAGUCGGGGGAGAGUGAGACUACUUUUCCUCUCUCCCUAAAAGCUGUGCUAUCACGGGGAGAGGUUGCCAUCCGGCAUGUUCUACGAGGCGGUCUCGAAGGGCUACAACUCGCUUCGCCAGGCAACACACCCAGAGCCGAUCCAGCACUCCACUCAAAGGGUUUUCAGGGAGAGGAGAACGGGAAAGCAAGUCUCACCGUUACCCGGGGCAACAGCUGAGCCGUCUGGGAAGGGAUGCAUCUUUUCUUCUGUAUGCUUGAGUCAAGAACUCUCAGUCAUCUUGGUAAUACCGGGUUGGAUGCUUAAAGCUGCAGCAAAAAGACCAGAACUUUCAGGAAAAAAUACUGUAUCCAACAACUCAGAUAUGGCAGAAUUGAAGUCAAUGUUCCGGGAAGUUCUUCCAAAACAAGGGCCAUUGUUUGUGGAAGAUAUAACCACAAUGGUGCUGUGUAAACCCAAACUUUUACCCUUAAAAUCUCUGACUCUGGAAAAACUAGAGAAAAUGCAUCAAGCAGCACAGAAUACAAUUCGCCAACAAGAAAUGGCAGAAAAGGAUCAACAGCAAAUAACCCACUGAAUAACUGAGCACUUUAGGGAACAACCUACAUUAUCUACUAUUUAACAAUAACUAGAAAAUAUGCUCUUCUGUGUGCUGAAAGUAGUAUGUGUUAAUACUAUCAAUAAAAUUGAGAGUAUUCAUAUAAAUACAAAAAUAUCCAAGAUUGAUGGAAUUUGUAUUAUGAAUAUAAACACACUGGUUUGUAUUGAACAUAAACAGUUGAACUAUGAACCAAGUGUUAUGGGGUUUAAAAGUCAUGUUUUUAGAAUUGCAAAUUACAUUAUUUGUUCACCAUUGCUAUUGCUAUCUUUUAUAGGUAACUUGCUUGGGAUCUCUUAUAGAUAACAUUCUUGGGCACAAGGGACUAAAUACAACUUUUAUAUACAGAGGAUCUUUAUGUUUAUUAAAUCUGAAGAUACAUUCCAAUCUUGCAUAAAGUGUUCAAUGAGCUUUUACAUUACAUAAAAAACAAAAUUUUUAAACCAAUUUUAUGUGCUGUGUCACGUUUAAUGCUAUCUUGUGUGACCAGAUCCUACCAGUAAUAACAAAACUGUCUUAAACCUCUUUUUUUUUUUAAGACAGAGUUUCGCUCUUGUUGCCCAAACAAGUGCAAUGGCACCAUCUCAGCUCACUGCAACCUCCGCCUCCUAGGUUCAAGCUGUUCUCCUGCCACAGCCUCCCAAGUAGCUGGGACUACAGGCAUGCACCACCACGCCUGGCUAAUUUUGUAUUUUUAGUAGAGAUGGGGUUUCUCCAUGUUGGUCAGGCUGGUCACAAACUCGCAACCUCAGGUGAUCUGCUCACCUUGGCCUCCCAAAGUGCUCGAAUUACAGGCGUGAGCCACCACGCCCCAGCCCUUAAAUCUCAUUUUUAAGAAACCCUCACCUAUUCUGUGGGCAGCUAACUUUUAAUUACAUUAAGGACUUGAGAAUAAAAUGACUGCAUUUAUCAUCCAAGUGUCAAACAAUAAAAAACCUAAAAAUGGUAACUGUAUUUAUAUAAGCCGAGGAAAUAUGGGCUUGGAUAAAACCCAUGAGGUAAAUAUGAACAUUAAACUUGGUUUUAAUUCUAACGGACUGUAUCUAAACCUGUAAUUAGUAUACUCCUAACAGUACCCUCAUAAAUUCUGAAUAUAAUUCUUGUUUGCUACAGUCAAUAUUUGGCAGUUUAAAUUAGCAUAGACCUUGAGGCCUUGCUGAGUUAUUAGGCUAUGUAAAAGAGGUUAAAAAUAUGAUAAUUCUGUGUUACUAAUUGGUAAUAUUUUCUCAUACAUUGGGUAAAUGUCAAGCUUUGAGUCUUCGGAGUAUAACUUUUUGUAACACUAGCCAUUAUUUGGUAACAGAAUUUAAGGAUGAUGGAAUGAUGGAAGGUAUAACAUAUUUCUAAAACUUAAUUAAGCUCUAGGUCAGAUAACAAUGGAGUAAAGUGAUACCUGCAUUUUUUUCCCCAGUGUAAUCUUAAUUUACUAUUGUACUUUUCACUUGAAAUUUUGUAGGGAAAAAGUUUUCAAGGAACACUAAGAUUAAAUUCACUAGGUUCAAAUAUGCUUCCUUAUGAGAUUUAAACUUUACUGUGUGAAAUUAAAGUUUAAGAGACCUAAAAUAAUGUACUCCCAAUAAAGAAUCAACACUG